GGAGAUUAUAACCACACUUGCUACGGACGGCAGGACGUACAGAUACGGAAAACCGGCGAUUGUCAAAUCCGCGAAAAACCGAAACGCGCGCGAUAAGUUUUCCGGCAAGUUCAAAGAUGAAUCCGCCCACGCAGGGACCAGAAGCUAACGUCAACCGAACAGGUGAUCAGAUAAGGUGCGCUUUUCCGGCUAAGUGCUAGUGUUUUCCCGGAGUUUUCCGAGUACGUUUACGCAAUGGUGGACCUUAAGAACGAACCGGCGACAGCGCCGAAGAAGUCGCGCGGUAUUUCCAUCACUGCUGUGAAAAACUGGCUUAUGCCCGAUAAGAAAAUUGCGAUGGACACUCCGAAGUUUCAAAAGAUGCCGGAAAAUUUCCUGAGGUCUUUGAGGAGGCGGUCGUUGAGGAUCAAACGGACCAAAUCGUUGGUGUUGCCGGAAAAGAGGAAAUCCGAUUCCUUUGUAAAUAGCCAGGAAUGGACCUUGUCAAGGGCUGUUCCGGAUCUGCGUCUCGGUAUUGUUGGUUCGUUAUCUUCGGGCAAGUCCGCGCUGGUUCAUCGUUACCUUACCGGUUCGUACAUGCAAGAGGAGUCUCCUGAAGGGGGGAGGUUCAAGAAGGAGAUACUUGUGGACAAUCAGAGCUAUCUUCUGCUCAUAAGAGACGAAGGUGGACCUCCAGAACUACAGUUUACCGCGUGGGUGGACGCAGUUAUCUUCGUGUUCAGCCUGGAAAACGAAUCAUCCUUCAACGCAAUCUACAACUAUUACACCAAGAUGUCACAUUACAGAAAUUCAGCCGAGAUACCACUGAUCCUUGUGGGAACCCAAGAUGCAAUAAGCGAGAACAACCCACGUGUGAUCGAUGAUUCACGAGCUAGAAAAUUGGCAAACGACCUGAAGAGGUGUUCCUACUACGAAACGUGCGCCACCUACGGUUUGAACGUGGAACGCGUUUUCCAAGACGCAUGCCAGAAAAUUGUACAACAGCGGCUGUCGUCUUCGACCUCCUGUUUGACUCCUACCAAUUCGCGACCAUCGACGCCUAACAAUCAUUUUCACCAGAGGCAUUUUGGACCCAUCACCACACAAUCAACUAAUGGAAUAGGACAAUCACCUACGAGUAACAUGUCGCCUAGUCAUAAUUACGCUUUAGGUCAUAAGGAUUCUGCUAAUAUUCUUACGCUCGGAAAUCGUCAACCGCACAAUCUUUCAUCGUCCACUCAUCAUUUGUACAGACAAACUGAAAAAGAUCCGAUAUUCAGAUCGUACGAAGAAAAGUGGAAUUCAUCAUCCUCAACCCUUGGAAGCCAUGGCUCCUCUCAAGGACUCGUGGUACAAACUGUACCAGCUGAGAAUAAUAACGUAACUAAAUUCGCACCAUCCCACACACUGGAUAAUGUACAGAACUCACAGAACAAUACAAAAGACUCAAAAGAUCUACCUACACCGAACUCAACCCCUACAACUUCAAGAAAAAGUCGACGAAGAUCUAAUCUGUUCACAACAUCGAAGAAAGGGGAUGAGAAAUUGAAGAAUGGAGGGGAUUUCGGUAGCGGUAGAGCCAUACCAUUGAAACAGGGAUACUUGUAUAAGAAAAGUAGCAAACCCUUAAAUAAAGAUUGGAAAAAGAAGUAUGUAACAUUAUGUGAUGAUGGUAGAUUGACGUAUCAUCCUAGUCUUCAUGACUACAUGGAUGAUGUUCACAGCAAAGAAAUUUCUUUGCAAUAUGUGACCGUUAAGGUUCCUGGACAGAAACCUAGGGGCUCCAGAUCUAUCAUAACAGUUAUAGGGGCCAAUGGAAGUAACGGUAUAAACGAAGGCAUUGGUGGAUUAUCGAUUGGUGCUAAAGAUAAAGGUGUAACAGAAAGAGGCUUACUUAGUGCUUUAGACGUGAUGAAAGAUCCUAGUUCGAAAUACUCCCAAGCAAGUGGAGAUGAAGGUAUGGUACUGUCAAACAGCAGUACUUUCUUGAAUGGGGAUGGUUUGAAAACGGAAACGCCAAAUGUUAAGAAGAGGCACCGAAGAAUGAAGAGUAGUGGAGUUAAAAAUUCAGAAUAUGAUGAUCCAGAUGGCUAUGAGUUCUACAUAGUUUCGCUGGAUAACAAACAGUGGCACUUUGAAGCUGCAAGUUCUGAAGAGAGAGACGAGUGGGUUGCUGCCAUUGAGCAGCAGAUCUUGAAUUCCUUGCAACUGAGCGAAUCUUCGCAGGUUAAAAAGCUAACCAGUAGCGUGGAAGCUGCUACGAUAUUGUCAAUACGAACUAGGGUACCUGGAAAUGGAUGUUGUGUUGACUGUGAUGCUCCAAAUCCAGAUUGGGCAAGUUUAAAUUUGGGAGUCCUGAUGUGUAUAGAAUGUUCCGGAGUCCAUAGAAAUUUAGGGUCCCAUAUAUCCAGGGUCCGUUCACUUGAUUUGGACAAGUGGCCACCUGGCCAUCUUAGUGUAAUGUUAGCUAUAGGAAACACACUAGCAAAUUCAGUGUGGGAGUGCAAUAUUCAAGGGAGGUUGAAACCGAGUCCUAAUUCCAGCCGGGAAGAGAAAGAACAGUGGAUUAGAUGGAAAUAUGAGAGUAAAGACUUCUUACCUCCACCUAGCAAUACAAUGCCCCUGGGCCAACAGCUCGUAGAUGUCGUUUGUAGUGCUAACAUAAAAUCAAUCAUCCAUGUUUUGGCACAAGCCAAUACCGAACAGGUGAAUUCUCAUGUUUCCCCAAGAGAUUUGAGGACACCUUUACAUCUUGCUUGUGCAAUGGGAAACUUGGCAGUGGCUCAACUAUUGAUCUGGCAUAAUGCAAAUGUUAAAAGCAUAGAUCAAGAUGGGCGUACACCCUUAGCCUACGCUAGAGCUGCUCUGAGCAUAGCAAUUGCCAAGAACCAAACAAACAACACUGCAAAUUCUGAAGCAAAUGUAUCAACUUGUAGAAGUCUGAUUGAGCUCCUGAUAUCAUAUGGUUGUCCAGAACUAUCCACAUUUGUUCCUGGUAGUGGAACCCUUCCUCGCCGUAGAGGUAACCAAGCCAUCCAACAUUUAGAAAAAUUACCUUCAAGCAUCCUUUAGUGGGGAGAAGAUAAUAGUUUGAAGUUCUCUUUGUUAGUGAAAGAUAAUAUGCCUGUUACAGUAUAAAGAUGGAUUUUUGAACCAAGCAUCUAUAAUGAUAGUUUUGCUAUAGAUGCUGGCUUGAAAGGACGCCUAUAUGUUUGAGAAAAGAAGAAAUCACUCUGACAGAUGAAAUUGACAAUUUACUGAUUCUAUGUGUUCUGUGGGAUAACCAAUUUAGAGAAGUUUUUUCUGCUCGAUUUAAUGAUCUUUAUUAUGAAGACCAGACAAGGUGUUCAAUUAAACCCUACUUUUUAGAAAAUUUUUCUGAAAUGUUCAAUAUUCUUCAAGAACUACAUAGGUAGAUCAAAAAUUCAAACAUAGAUUAAUUCUGUCAGGAUUCACCAGUUAAUGUAGUGUAAAUGGAUAAAUUCCUCAUUAUCUUCAAUGGAUGUCCAAGUUUUAAGGAAUGCUUUCUGUUAACAUUAUUUUUUUUUGUGGACCUCCAUUUGCCUUCUAUUCUUGGACUGAUUAGGAAAAAAUUGAAUUUGUAUUAAGAUUAUUAGUGAAAAUUCGAAACAAUCAACACUACUUUGAAAUAUUUUCAAGUAGUGUAUUGAUACAUCAAAUAGUAACCUUUUUCGAUAGUUGAAACAUUUCAUUUUUGCAAAAUUAAAAUUUGACUGCCUCUGAUUGUGAUAAAAUUUGAAUCUCGUAUUCAUUAGAUUUAAUUGAAGCAUCAAUGAGAUAAUCAGAGAAUAAAUGUGUAUUUCAGUUUGAGUUAAUCAAUUAUUCAGAGAUAAUCACUUUCGUGUUUUGUAUGUAUGUGUGGAAAUCAUACUAGUAUAUACUCUCUUCGUUUCAUCAUAACUUUUUUCUUCGAGAGUGCAUCCUUAAAAAUUCAAUUUCAGAAUGAUUUUCAUUUCCUUGUAUUAGGAAGUUUAUCACUUACAAACAUGUGAAGUACAUUUGAAAAUCAUUAUCUAUAAGAUAUUUUGAUUCUGUUGGUAACCUUCAUUUUCAAAAGAUCUUGAUAGUUAUCUUUUCAGUGUUGACUCUUCAUACAGUUUUGUGCAGAUAAUUUCCGAUUAUUUGAUUUGAAACUUUCCUCUUUGAUCAAUUCCCUGGUUAAAAUAUACAUGUAUAGUGGCUUUUUAUGAUUAUGCAUAUCCAAUGACUAUAUUUUCAGAAAAUUUCCAAAACUAGGGAAACUUUGUUUCCCAUCGAAACUUAACAAAAUUAUUUGUGGUGCAAUGUGACGUUUCUUCAUUUCAAAUUGAGUUUAAUGUUUCUGCAAUCUAUUGAAUUCCUAUGUGCUAUAAGAUUAUCUAGGGUCUAAGUUUGAACAGUGUGUUUUCAGAUGAUUUAUAAAUAUAAUACUUCACUUGAUGCAAUAUAAAUCUUGCAACUAUGGCACGUACUUAUUUUAUACUUUGUAUAGUGAACUCAAUGUACUUAUGUACGUAAUAUUAUUUUGUUUCUUCAAAAUGUGGAUAAGAAUAAGAGUCUAAAAAUUUUUAUUGACUAAAAAAAUCUUUUAUAUGUCUAUUUACACUAUUCAUAUCUUGUAAAUGAUAGUGAUUUAUUUAUUAUAUCUAUUUGUAUGAGUUGCAGUGUUUGUGUAUAACCUCUUAUUUGUCCAUUCUGGAAAUACUCAUUUUGUUAUUUUUUGUACAUAACUUCGCCAAAGAAAUUGUAUCUUAUAUUGUUUUGUAUAUAUAAGUCAGAUUUUGUACAGAAAUUAUAUAUGUUGUUCUUCCUUACAUAAAAUGUUAUUUGAUUCUUU